ACUACGGCUCAGGGAAUUAUCAACAAAGCUCUUAUCAGCAAGGUAGUUAUCAGCAAGGUAGUUAUCAGCAAGGUAGUUACCAACAGAGUGGGUACCAACAAAGUGGAUAUCAGCAAACUGGCUAUCAACAAAACAAUAGUUAUCAACAGAGUGGUCCUAUGCAAGGAAAUACCGGGGGGCAAAGUUAUCAACAAAAUCCUGGAUAUCUGACAAACUCUUAUGCCGCACCGCAACAGCAACCCUCUUAUGGUCAAAACACUAGCAGUGAUUAUGGGCAAACCAAUAACACCAGUGGAUAUCUUACCUCCGGUACAUAUGGAGUCCAGAAUCAGCAACAACCAACCAACUACGGUCAAUAUAGUCAAUAUUCUAAUCAAACACAAGCGACAACAUAUAAUCAAUAUCCAACUCAAACACAAUAUGGCACUUACGGUCAACCUCCCCAAUAUAAUCAAAUAACUGCUGGGCAGCCCGUUGGUCAAUCUUCUGGACAACCUGUUAUUCAGCAAGUAGGUCAACCCUCUAACCAACAACAAGUUGGUUACUACCAGGCGCAGCCGACCGCCGUAGACCCAAGUAAGCUUGGGCAACCAACUGAAGUCAAAUCGGACUCGCAAACGGUCUCAACAGUUCCAAAUUACGGUUACCAGCAAUACGGAUAUAACUAUGGGACCACUCCUGUUGCUACCACUCAAUUUCCUACUGCCGUCAGUGGGCAAACGCAAGUAACUACCGCCACCGCGACCCAAGUUCCUGGCGCAUACCCUGUAUAUAAUACGGCCUCAACGGGCACCGCUGUCAAUCAACCUGCAACAUCCUCAGCUCCUGGGACUGGUGAUCAAACUACUACGCAACAAUCAUCAUAUUCCGGUUAUUAUGUAAUCAUCCUACCGAGGCUCCUAAACAGUAGUACGCCUGCAGAAAAGUGA